GAUCACAAAAAAUUAACUUGUCCGACAUGUGAAGUCAGUGUUGUGAGUUUCAAGACAGUUUAUAACUGUCAACAAUAAUUUGACAGACGUUUUCUACUUAAAUCUUUGUCAAGGAACUACCAGAAAUGGCGAAAUUUAUUCCGACCAAGCUUGAACUGGACUAUUUCAGAAAUUUGGCCGAUAAUGAUCCUGAUCUCCCUAAGGGAUUCGUGGACAAUUGGGACGCUCUCCCGUUUCCUCCACAGGGCGACGACCCACUCCCCUUCUUCGCUCCGGUGGUGACUCGAGAGGAGUGGGGGGCUCUGCCUCCUAAGUCCCCCGGGGUGCCUCUGAAGCUCCCGGUACUCUAUGUCCGCUACACCUACCUCAGCAUGAAAGAGUGCUUUAAAGUGGACGAGUGUAUGCACUUUAUGCGGGAGCUGCAGAAGAAGUCGAUGAACGAGGGGUUGGAUGAUGUUCCUUUCAAUUUUAUUAUUGGCGGCAAAGGCAUAGUUUACGAGGGAAGAGGCUGGGAGAGAGAAGCGAUCAGGGAACAGCGGUACAACGAUUUCGAGGGAAUCCAUGGGAAAUUGGCGGGAAAGACGCUGGAUCUAGCCUACAUCGGUGACCUGUACUUAUACGAGCCGCCUAAUGAUACUAAAAUGGGAGCUUAUAACUUUGUCCGAAGGUUUUGGAAGGAAGGGAAAAUACACGAUCAAGUGGAAGUGAUUCCUUACAAAGACAGGCCCAAGGAUUGGGAAAGUGACGAAGCUUUUAAAGUAUUUAGAGGUUGAUCUAAUAUUUCAAAUAUGUACAAAAACGUGUAUCUUUGUCUUAAGUUAAACAUCAAUAAGUAAACAGAAUAUUUUGGAGAUGAGGAACCUUUCGGGCAAAUUGGCACAAAUCUAAUGUGCUGUGUGAAAGACGCCAUGGAUUUUUAAAUAAAUAUGCUAUCGCUAAUUUUUCUUGGUAAAAACAGUUCUUGGAUCCUUUAAAUUAAAAUAUUUAAGUACCUUAAAUAGACAAUAUUUAUGAAAUAUAGAUGAUUCUA